CAAGUGGAAAAGCAUAUUGUAGAUAAAACCCUCUUCUCUGUCUCGGCGAUGAGAGAGUGAGAGUGAGGUUGGGGCUGGCGAAGCCUUUUGUGCUAGAAUGACCGACAUACAUAGAAAAGGGCGACCGAGGCUGCAACGAGUAAAAUGAUCGCACUGCGCAACCAGAGAAACAAGAUGAAUGAGUCCCUCGGUGUGCAAGACCAGGCUUUCCUUGCGUCACCUCGGUCAACUUCGUUCCUCUGUAUCUCCUCCGCUCGCCUGGUCACCCGUGAUCCUACCCAACGCCCCCCCCGAUCCAUGUUCGGCCCGCCGUUCACCUUGGGUCCAACGCCGGUUGCCUGA